GACCUCGACGGCUUGUUUACCAUUUACGCUGUGCGGUAUUGCUUGUGUUUUUGUUAAUUCGAAAAGGUCGUACAAGUGAUUGAAGAGUUGGAAAUUCGUUUUUUACUUAGUUCUACGUUUUAAAAACUAUUAUUUGUGUGUAUUAUAUAUGUGGAGAAUAGUGAACAAAGACAAUAUUAUUGUUUAAGGCAAAAUAAUCUUGUGAGACUUUCAAGGGUAGGUAAAAAUGUUUUGUUAUAUUAAAGCUGGAUUUAAAUAGCAAAAUAAAAAUUAAAAUCCAAGUCAGUUACUGGCUGAAAGAAAACCAGCUGAGCAGAAAUGACAAUUUAAUUGGCUUAUUUAAAUUUCUGUUCUUUAUACACCACAAUAAAAAAUUAAAAAAAUGGGCGAAUCAUAACAGCGUUUUUGGUCGGUUGGUUUGCAUUUGUCCAGCAACUAAUCUAGAUUUUUAUUUUACUUUUUUUUGCUAAAUGAAACUUUGUUUGUUUGAUUUUAGUGCAUGUAGUAUAUGUCCAAAAAUCAAAAUGCCUGGUACACGUUGUGCUGUGUAUGGUUGUGGUAAUACCUAUAAAACAAGGCAGCAAGAACAUGAAUAUUUUAUAUUUCAUCGGUUUCCCAAAGCUAAAGAUCUUGUUUCCCAAACUAUGAGAAAAGAAUGGAUAUUACGAUGCAAACGGGAAGAUAAAUUUAACCCUGAUACUAGCUACAUCUGCUCAGUUCAUUUCACAGAAAAGGAUUAUGAAAGAGACUUACAGAAUGAAUUAUUAGGUUUACCACUACGAAAAAUAUUGAAAAAAACCGCUGUUCCUACUUUGGGAUUGUAUUCAAAAAAAUCAACAAGUGAAGCUUAUAAAUGGAACUUAAAAUUAACUGAAUAAUUGGAAAUUGGAUUUUAAAUUAAUAUUAAUUCAUAAUAAUGAAUAAAACUUAAAAAAAUAA